GCUCUGCGCUCGUCCAGUUGGUCUAUCAAGGAGAAGAAGGGACAGAUCUGCAAAACCCCAAAAUCCUGAAGAUACCAAUUGCAAAAAGUUUGAAUGUCUGAAGCAAGGACCUCGAAGCCAGGAUUGCUUAUCUCCUUGUGCCUCCAGGAGCACUAUGGGUAUACAGCGUGCUCAGAGAGCAUCCCUGGCUCUCACGCUCAACUACGUGGCGUUCGCCUUGGCGGUUUCGGCCGUCACCACUAGCUACUGGUGUGAGGGGACCAGGAAGGUAGUGAAGCCUUUCUGCAUGGGGCCGGUCAAAGUCAAGCAGACAUACUGCAUCCGCUUUAACAGCUCCAACAUCAACGACACGCGGCUGGUGCAGUACAUCUAUGAGACCGGAGAGGAGAAGUUCCUCAUGAGGAAGUUCCACGCAGGAAUCUGGUUCUCCUGCGAACAAACCGUGGACUUAAUAGGAUUUGACUGUAGGAGCUUUUUAGAGAUUGCACCAGAUCAUGAAAGAGGAGUGCUCUGGCUGUGUAUUGUUGCUGAGUGUCUGUAUAUUGCUCUGCUGUUCACCGGUGGAGCUAUGAUGGUGAUAGAGAUGUGUCCAUGCUUUAACUUGAUAAACAGACUCAAGCUCAAUGCCUUUGCAGCACUGUGCACCGCUCUCUCAGGCCUUUUCGGGAUGGUUGCACAUAUGAUGUUCACCACAGCUUUCCAGCUGGCUGUCCAGUUGGGUCCAGAAGACUGGAGACCUAAGACAUGGGACUACAGCUGGUCCUAUCUUCUGGCGUGGGGCUCGUUUGGCACCUGCAUGGGCUCGGCAGUCACGGCUCUAAACCAUUACACCAAAACCAUCAUUGAGUUUAAGUUCAAGAGAAGGACCAUUGAGAAGAAACUGCGCAUCGAGCAGAAGAUCCUGGAGCUGGACAUGCCAGAAGACUUAUGGUACAUCACUUCAUUGCAAGAGCAAGCAGACCAACACGCUGCCCUGUAUGUGAAUGGCAGCGAACCAUCCUGCUUCAACCCCACAAUACUGGACAACUGGGACAGAGAAUACUGCUGAAAAUUCACGAAGGACACUGCUCCUCUUCAACACAGACAUUUUUGUGCAUUUAUAUCAUAUAUCAUAGGGCUUACGUCAACAGAGCAGGAUAUGGACUGAACUAAGUUAGCAGUGCUGCUUCUGUUCUGACUAACUGUGCUAUUGUGAACCUUUUUCAUAUGCUGAUAACUUAAGUUAUGAGUUAAAAAUAAGUCUGACAUUUAACAAAAUCUUGAGUUCUUUUAAAAAAUGCAGUGAAGCUGUAUUAAAUGCUCACUUUGUUGUCAUAUGACAAAACCAUAAAACAGGAAAUUGUCACAGACAGAAGACACAUUAUUGUUCAAAAUAUUGGAGUUGGUACGAUUUUUAAAUGGGUUACACUUUAUUUCGAUAGUCCACUUUAGACAUUCUACUAGCUGUAAGUAACUUUGUAACUACGUGUCAGCUACAUGUCAACUAAUUUUCAUUAAUUUGUAACUACAUGUCUACUAACUCUCAGUAGGGUAGGUUUAGGGCGAGUAGAAUAAGUUGACAUAUACUUGCAAAGUACGUGUCUCAUAGUCAGUAUGUUGUAUGUUGUGGACCCAUCCAAAUAAAGUGUUAGAAGAUAUUAAGCAGACAGUCUACUAAUACUCUGCUAGUUGACAUGUAGUUGCAAAAUUACUUACUGUUAGUAGAAUGUCUAAAGUGGACUAUCAAAAUAAAGUGUUACCUUUAAAUGUUUUAAAAGAAGUUCACCAAUGCUGCAUUUUUUUGAUUAAAAAAAUACAGUGUAAUAUGAAGUUUUCAUGAAAAGACACUAAACGAGGCAAAGGAGGCAAAACAUUUUCUGUGGUGAUUGAUGGCAUGUUACAUACUUGUUCUUGAACCCACAGCAUUAUACCACAUUGAUUUAUUUACUUGCUGUCAUUAUUUCUCUUGGCUGGUGGUGAAUUUUUCAAGUCGUAUCACAGUGAGGUAAGGACGCCAUCUUCUGGACCAACAUUUCAGUGCCUCUGGCAGAAAAAAACUCCUGUAAAACACGCUCCAGUGCCACAUUUAUUAUUUGUGUCAAUGCCAACCAUCUUGUAGAUGCGCUUGUUGUAGAAUGAGUGAAAUCCCUCAAUUUCUUACGGAUCACGAAGUUCCUUUCAGUUCCUUCAUGAAGCCCAUUGCAGACUACAAUUGCAGGACUGCUCCAGACUCCAUCUGUAACGGAGCGACCAUUGACUGACCAGGUGACGUGCACCAGAGCUACUGAAAUAUCCUCAGCCAGACACACGAGUGUAGCUUUACUCUCCUUCAGAGCCUCAGCGGACGGAGAC